UGAGGAAAGAUGUCGCGAACCACGCAGUGGUGAAGCAGGCGCUGUGAGCGGUGGUGCCAGUGCGGAGCCGGAAGUGGGCCAAUCACAGCAUGUAUGAUCGCCUACCAGGGCGUCCUCUCAGGCUUAGCGGGGAAAAUGUUUCAGGGGAGGCCGCCGCAAGGUGUUAUGUCGAGGGCAGCGAGCGUCGAUAGCUGCUUCGAUAGCGGCAGUCGAGGAAGUCUGGCGGGGCGGGAGGAGAAAAAAAGGUGGACUGUGGAGAGUGAAUUGAGGCCGUAUGGGCGAGCGCGGGCUUGUAUUUCUCUUGCUAACACACCCCACUCAGCACAGAAGGCUCCGUCGCUCGUCGCCGCGCUCUAAGCAACGUCAAUCCGCCAAGGGAUUCCCGGGGACCCCUGCACUGGCGUACGAACACCAGCAGCACGGAGCGAGCGCCUUUGUACAGGUAACUUCGACGACAUCACCCCUCGUCUGCCCGCACCGGCUCACAGUGCCGUCGUGGCCCAGGCAGACGCCAGUGCAGCGGAGAGGUGCCCACGUCGCCUACUGCAGCACGAACGGUGGACCUCUACUUUUACUGCGCCUGGAGACGCUCUUCGCGGGUCUCUGCGCGCGUCUUCGUCUCCAAAAGGGCAACGGAAGCGUGCGGGAGAUGUACCUGAACAUCGACGCCGUCCCCAUGCACGAGCCGGGCACGGUUAACUGCACACUAGCUGCAGCGCCCCGUCCUGGGCUCUUUUUCGCGCUGUGCUGAGGCUUGCCCACUGGCUCGCAGUGACAGGCGAGUGCAGGCUUCAGCGGAAAGAGUCGGCUGCCCGUCGU